ACGUACGGUAGAAAGAACCACUUUGCCUUUUUCUUUCUUUCUUUGGACUGAUAAUUUCGUUGUGUUUUUUUUUUUUUUUUUAAUCGGCAAUUCUUCGACUCAAAAAGCUCUCUUCUUUAAUCGCUCUGUUCUAUAUUUAUUAGCUUCGUAUUCUCGUUAAUUUCGAUCUCUGCAAUUCCACUCCAUGGCCACGACUGGACAUAACAAUCUCAAUGCCAAGCUGGUUCUGCUUGGCGACAUGGGCGCCGGGAAGUCCAGCCUCGUCUUGCGCUUUGUCAAGGGUCAAUUCCUAGAAUUCCAGGAAUCAACUAUAGGAGCUGCAUUCUUUUCGCAAACGCUGGCAGUGAAUGAUGCAACGGUGAAGUUUGAGAUAUGGGACACAGCAGGACAAGAGAGGUACCAUAGCUUGGCUCCCAUGUAUUACAGAGGUGCUGCUGCUGCCAUCAUUGUCUAUGAUAUCACCAGCAGUGAGUCAUUUGGACAGGCUAAGAAGUGGGUGCAAGAACUUCAGAAGCAAGGAAAUCCUACUAUGGUUAUGGCUUUUGCUGGGAAUAAAGCUGAUUUGGAAGAUAAGAGGAAAGUGACAGCCGAAGAAGCACGUGUAUAUUCCGAGGAAAAUGGACUCUUUUUCAUGGAGACCUCUGCCAAAACCUCUGUCAAUGUAAAUGACAUUUUCUACGAAAUAGCUAAAAGAUUGCCGAGAGCUCAGCCUGCUCAAAAUCCGGCAGGAAUGGUUCUCGUGGACAGACCUGCAGAAGGAUCCCAAGCUGCAUCAUGCUGUUCAUAAAGUAUUUUCAAACAUCAGUUCUCUCGGUCUGUCAUUUUCUCUGUUCUUAGGUUCGCUUGGCGUGCAUAUUCUUGAAACUACACAGUAUUUUUUAACCGAACCAGGUAUGCUGGACUAAUGAUGCACUUAAAAAGAAAGGAAAAUGCUGCUUAGCUCAUUCAACGUUAGUUACGUUACCACUCAAGAUUACCGCUCUGGUAUUUUAAUUUUUU